UUGUCUAAAGAAUGCCCACUUAGUUCCCAGAGAUGUGUUUUGGAAGAGAUGAGAAGGAAAGCUCUGAGCCGACUGCAGUCGUAUUGGCUGCCUCAGUUCUUACACUGCUGUAAAUCCUGGUUGUGGCGUGUGCCUGAAUGUCAACCCAUUGUAGAGAAAUACACGUCUUUUUCCUCUCCUCCUGUUCAAUCUCCCUCCUCACGUGAGCGUGAACAGAGCAACACGAAUCCCACGCCGAGUCCUGCUAAAUCCUACUGCAGUAAACGCAGCAAGCUGCACCUGUGGAGCUCACACAAGCCAAACACAGAGCGUUUACAGUCAAACAGCAUCUGCUUGUGGCUUCAUCCAGCCAGUCAGGAAGAUCCAAAGGGUUCCCAGUGUUCAAACAUAGCACAUCGUUCCCAAGAACUGCAUAGAAAUACAGACUGCAUCCAGCCCUCAGAGAAUAUGAAAGCUAUUGUCCAUCACACAUGUGUCCAAACACCAGGGUGUCAGAUUCCCUGCUGUGUAAACAUUCAUGCUCCACCAUCAGAUCUCCACUGCUAUCUGCAGCCGGCCCUGUCUGCCGAGGGUCUAGCUGGAGGUCCUUUUAGGUCUUAUCUCAGAGCCCAAGGCCUGGUGGAAAAACAGCAGAUGCUUGAUCUGUUGGAGGAGCUUGACUUUUUCCUCCUGCUGGCUCUGAAAGCACAAGGAGAAGAUCCAGUCUGUGCACAGAGACAGACUGUGGCCCAGCGGAUAACAGAGACGUACCUUAAAGAGACCAUGCCGUGCUGUGUAUGUCUGGAUCCAAACACCAGCCAGCAGCUGCGUUCUCUUUUACCAUCCAGCGCGGCUGUGCCAUGGAUUUACAUGGCAAAAUAUGAAAUAUGCAAGGAACUACAAGAAACUUAUGACUCAUUUUUAGAUGCAGAGGACAAAGCUCUGAUGUCUCACCUGAGUUCACGCAGUGAAGACUCUGCGCAGCUGCUGUUUUCUGGUUUCGAGACAGAAACAGAAGUUCAUCUCACACAGACGGAGGCUUUAGUGCUGUGUGAAGGAUGCUGCAGCCGUCUGGAUCCCGCCGAUCUGUCUCAGGACAGCUGGGCUUUUGUGGCCCUGCAAGACCUGCAGAAAGGAGGCUCACUUCUGCACAAGUACAACGUAAUCAAUGCAUCUGAGGAGCCAAAGCUCAUGACAGAGAGUGAUAUCAUAACACCCCUUGCUCAAGAUGUGCCCGUAUCUAAAGCCACGAGUCUCCAGGUGAAAACUCUCAAGAAGGACACCAUUAUUUAUGAAAAGCCAUCUACAAAACCCAGGUCAUUUGAAGAGGCCAUCACAACAACUCAGUACAUGAAUCAUUUCAAACAGUUUCUGCAAGAGCAUGGUGCGGAUGGAGCGUUGCUCUUCAUACAGGAAGCCGAAGCUCUGCGCACUGUUGAGCGCAAACGACAGAAGGCUAAAAUCCGUGCCAUUGUAGACAAAUUCUUUCGACGAGAAGAUCCUAUGGAUUACCUGCAGUGCAGCGCUGACAUCAUCACCAAUGUGACGCAGAUGGGCACGGUUCCUCCUGACAUCAUAUACACCAUUCAGCAUCUGGUUGCCAAAUCCCUAGAGGCCACAUGGUUCAAACAAUAUCAGGAAUCGUUUUCUACUUGUUCUAUUGAUUCAUCUGAACUGAGCGUAAGAGGACCAUUGAUGAUGGACCUGAAGGCGAACACGUGGGAGACAUUAGGGAGGUUCAUUCGCAGUGUGUCGAAAUUUUUAGCCGCCAUAGAGAAGCGUGAGAUCAGAGCUGAGUUUGAAGAGUAUCUGAUGCAGAACUACAAGCACUUCUCAGAGCCUUGUGUGGUUCGCGCCAAGGCCCAGCAGACCUCCGAUUUAAACACCGAUGGAGAAAAGUUUAAACCUAAAAUACGAUACAUUUUCAACAAAACGGUGAUAGUGGACUUUUUAGUCAAUGAUCUUUCCUUCUACAUGGAGUGUGAGAGGUUCAGGCAUUUGGCAGACGCAGGCGAUGUGAUGGCAUCAGAGGGCUUGUAUAGUGAGACUGAUUAUGCCAUGCUUCACCAUAAAGCUGAGCUGAUCAUCAACAUAUUUCUCCAGUCAGAUCUCUCACCAAAGCUCUUGAUCAACACAACUGAGGCUCAGAAAGAUGCUAUACUGCAGCGCUUUGCCUCCGGGAAGGUGGACCGCACACUCUUUUAUCUAGCUAUGAUGGACGUGUUUCCAGGUCUCAUCUUCUGCUGGAAAAGGUUUUGUUGUCUAAAGGUGAUGAAUCAAUUCUACCCCAAGAAAGCACUGAAGAAUCAAGCUGUGAAAUCUCGUCCUGCAGAACAGCGUCCUUUAAACAUCCAGCAGAUCAAGACCGUCAGAUCAAAUGAAGUUAAAGAUGCCAUCCUGCGUUUCUCCGCUCAACACGGCCUCACGCUGCUGCUGCCGCAGACUCCACACAACCAGACAACUUCUCCUUCUGCCAGAUAAAGGACAUUAAAGCAGCUGCUUCAGACUUGUGCUCUUCAUUGUGAGUGUGUGUGCAUGUUUUUCUGAUUUGUGAGGACACAAAUUUGUAUAAUGACAUGGGUAUUACACUGGUAUUAUGACGUAAACAUGAAAUAUGAGGACAUUUCAUGAGUCCUCAUAUUUAAAAUAGCUUUAAAAACAUACUAAACAAUGUUUUAUUAAAAAUGUAAAAAUGCAGAAUGUUUUCUGUGAUGGGUAGGUUUAGGGGUAGUGUAGGGGGAUAGAAUGUACAGUUUUUACAGUAUUAAAAUCAUUACGCCUAUGGAAUGUCACUUUGAUAGCAAAACAAACCUGUGUGUGUGUGUGUGUGUGAGAGAGAGAGAGAGUUUCUUGACGUAUGAACCCAACAUUGCUUUAACCCUGUUUCUCCAUAACAUGAUUAUUAUCAUUAACUAAAACUGAAACUAAAACAAAAAAAUGUUACAUUAAUUUAAAUGGUAGAGACAUUUCUUUUCUUUUUUUUUUUCAUUUAGUUUAUCUUGAACUACUAAAAUAACUAAAACUAACUGAAAAACUAUACAGACUUUUUUUUCUAAAAAAUAAUAAAAAUGUCAAAAACAACAAAAUUACUAAAACUAUAACUAAAAUUAAAAUAAAAACAGAAAAAAACUAUUCAAAAUAUUAGUUGUGGUUUGCUAUUGUUGGACCUCAUGUGAGUGACAGGUUGCCCCACCCUCGUCAUCAGAUAUGUUGCUGCAAGAGGGAGGUAAUCUUGAUUCAAGAUUACCGGCACAUGAAUUUAAAGCAAUA